AUGGCCGAUAAACAGAAAGUAGAUCUUGGUUUAUUAGAGGAGGAUGACGAAUUCGAAGAAUUUCCUGCUGAAAAUUGGGGGAAUGAAGAGGCAGAUGAUGAAGAUGUUUCAGUCUGGGAAGAUAAUUGGGAAGACGACAUCGUUCAAGAUGAUUUUAACCAACAACUUAGACAACAACUGGAGAAGCUAAGGGAACAAACAAAAGGAUAA